GAUUAUCCGUUCGGUUUCAAAGUUCGUGUUACACCGUCCCGCUGACACUCCUAAAAUGGCGAAUGCUGGCGACAAGAGGUUAGUGAAGUCCAAGAGUGGACUGAGGAUCGUUACCAUGAGGGACGACUAUGGCAGCCCUUUUCUUAUUCCAGAACCGAACUGGGUUCCAGACAACGAAUACGUACAUUGUAUGCAGUGCCAGGUGAGGUUUGCACUAAUGAAUCGACGGCACCAUUGUCGUCGGUGUGGCCGGUUGUUCUGUAGUCGGUGCUGUGAAAACAAAGUGGCGUUGCCUCGUAUGUGCUUUAUCGACCCCGUGCGCAUGUGCGGCAGCUGCACAAAGAUUACCAAACAGGAGAACGAUUUCUUUGACAAACACCUCAAAGUACUGCUGAAUGGCUGUGAGUUCUACGUGGUGGAUGACAUAAAUUCUGAACCUUCGGACAAUUCAACGAUAUUCUUCUGCAAACUGUCCACGGAUCAUCGAUAUUUGCUGUAUGAAAGUGAGACGCAGGUCCGAGACUCUCUCCUCCUCUGCAAAGUGGAUCGUGUCCAGGUUAUCACCGAACCAAGCAGCCCCAUCAAAAAUGCUAAUGUGAGGGGUCUGCUGUUAACUUAUGACUCUGAAAGUGGGCAAACAUUUGUCAAAAUGAUUAUCCCAUCAUCGACCCAUAAGCAGGGAUUGAACUGGAUAAGUGCUAUGCAAAGGGCAUUCCGACUUCUGUAUGAGCAUCGCAAUCAGGACCAAUGAAGCUGAUCCGGCGUCUGCCACUCCGUCUGUGACCCUCCCUUCUGUCAUCGACGAUUGUCAUCACUCUUCAUGUUCCCUUCAUUUGCAAGAAACAACUGGUAAAAUUCUCCCUCAAAUUCCAUUUGAAUCAUCUGAAACAAAGGAAGAGCACAAACAGUUAUUUACUCCUAGAUACACAAUGACUGAAGCGCCUCUAUGUGUUCACGAAAUGUGCUGGAAAUAACAGCCUCAACCAUCAUUUUUUUUAAACAAAAAACGGGCCAAAACACAUUGGAUGAUAUAAUCUUAGAUAGACUGUGCCAAGGGGUGAUCAUGGCUGGAAUAUCUUUGAUCAUAAGAUUUACUGGAUCAGGACUGGCCCGGGGCUAAACAUCAUCAUCAUCAUCAUCAUCACUAACAUCAUCAAUACAACAAACAACAUUUUCUUACCCCAUGUUUUUUUGGUGGUGGAGAGGAUUAGUCACAACUAGAACCCCCACCCCUUCCAUCUGUCUACUCACUCCACCAUCCCCUGCUUCUCCAUCACACAAACCAUCAUCAUCAUCAUCAUCAUAUAUUCUUAUUAAUCAAUAUUUUUGUUGCUGAUUCAUCAAAUUCUCUUUGUUUCCUUGGCAAAAAAAAAUGAGAAAAUGCCAAUUAUGAUUAUUAUUAUUAUUAUUCUAAUUAUUAUCAUCAUCAUCAUUAUCAUCAAAGGGGGUGAGCAGGCAGAAUCGUUAGCAUAUCGGGCAAAAUACUUAGUGGCAUUUCGUCCAUCAUUAUGUUCUGAGUUCAAAUUCCGCUGAGGUCGACUUUGCCUUUCAUCCUUUCGGGGUUGAUAAAUGAAGUACCAGUUGCGUACUGGGGGUUGAUGUAAUCGACUUAAUCCCUUCCCCCAAAUUUGAGGCCUUGUGCCUUUAGAAGAAAGGUUUAUUAUUAUUAUUAUUAUUAUUAUUAUUAUUAUUAUUAUUAUUAUUGACAGUGAGCUGGCAGAAUCAUUAGAACACUCGGCAAAAAUGCUUUGUGGUAUUUCGUCCAUCAUUAUGUUCUGAGUUCAAAUCCCGCUGAGGUUGACUUCGCCUUUCAUCCUUUCAGGGUCGAUAAAUUAAGUACCUGUGAUACACUGGGGUUGAUGUAAUCAACAAGACCCCAUUCUGUCAAAUUUCAGGUCUUGUGCCUAUAGUAGAAAGGGUCGUUCUUAUUAUUAUUGUUGUUGCUGCUGUUGUUGGGUUGUCUUUAUUGCAAUGCAACAUUAUGGGAGGUGCUAUACCAUGUGUGUGUGUGUGUGUAUAUAUGUGUACAUAUAUGCAUGUAUAUGUGUGUUGUAGAGCAAAGAAAUGUGUGAAGAUAAUCCCUGGGCCAAGAUCUCUGGACCCUAAUAUCCCACAAUGGGACUGGGAAGAUGUGGAGCAGCCCAUUUCCUCGGUUGUUGCCGUCCCCCCUAUUAACUUUCAGAAGGUAAGUACUACUUUGUCAUCAACAUCAGCAUCAUCGUCACAACCACUACCACCACCACCACAACCACUAUAUAUAUACAUAUAUACAUAUAUAUAUGUAUAUAUAUAUAUACACAACUGGCUUCUUAUAGUUUUUUAUGUCUUUAUUGCCCACUCUCUGCUUCACACACACACACAUACACACACAGUCACCCGUUCAAUUACUUUACACACACACACACAGGCGCACACACGCAUUGACACAAACACACACUUGAACGCACGCAUUCACACAAACACGAAUAUGAACGCACGCAUUCACACAAACACGAAUAUGAACGCACGCAUUCACACAAACACACACAUGAACGCACGCAUUCACACAAACACGCAUACACACACAUGAACGCAUGCAUUCACACAUACACGAAUAUGAACGCACGCA